AUGAACAGUGAAACAUUUGAUGCAUUGCUGGACAACGCCAAGGAGAAAAUCAGCCGGAGGGACACUGUGAUGAGAAAAAGCAUUGCUGUAGAGGAAUGUCUUACAGCUACUCUCCGGUUUUUAGCAACGGGUCGCUCCCUCGAAGAUUUAAAAUUUGCCACAGGAAUAUCUGCACCGUCGUUGUCAAAUAUAAUUCCAGAGACAUGCAAAGCAAUUUAUGAAACACUUCAGCCAGAGGUCAUGAAGCACAGGAAACGGCGCUCCAGGAAAAGAGGAGACGCCGCAGAAGAAGAAGACGGCAACGUCCUGCAGCCCCUGCGAACAACGGAAGGACAGAGGCAACAGCGAGAGGAGGAGGCAACGCCGCGGGAACAACGGCGGCACCCGGAGGAGAGGCGAUGA